CUUCACUGUGCCGACGAGGAUGUGAUUGAUGGUGCUAUUUGCAUCUUCAAAGCAGCUAUUUUUAAAACAAAUCAUUCUUUGAAUGGAAGCAGUCUCACUGACACAAGGCAGAUGGAUGCUGUGCUACCAUUGCUUCUUCACCUUCUCGAUGAGCGGGAUGGCACUGCCAGAGCUGUUGUUAUGCUUCUUGCAGAAUAUUGCUCCAUAAGCUUAGACAGUGGGUGCCUUCAAGAAAUUCUGAAGCGCCUUGCUUCUGGAAAUGUUUCACAGAGGAGGAAUGCCGUUGAUGUAAUUUCAGAACUUAUCCUUAUAUCAUUAGAUUCUGUCAACCUAGAUUCCCAUCUGAUGUGGCAAGAUAUAGCAAACCAAUUACUGGAGUGCCUCGAAGAUGAAGAAUCAGUAAUUCAAGCACAAGCAUCUAAUUUGAUUCCAAUUAUCGAGCCUUCAUUAGUUUUGCCUGGAUUAGUUCGUCUUAUUUACUUGUCAGAUGAAGGAAUACAGUCGCCUGCUUGUAAUUCACUGGUUGCAGUGCUGAAAAAUAACAACAAAAAACCAGAGGUUAUAUGCUCACUGCUCGACUCUUUGAGCAACCUCUGCCAAAGCCCAGACCUUCCAGAAGUUGCUGGUGGUAGAAGAGAAGGAUCAAAGUUGGACACUGAUAGAGUACUCAAAUUGAUCCCAGAGUGGUCAAAAACGGUUACAGAUUGGAGCUUGAUAAGUGGACCAUUGAUCGACAAAAUGUUUAUGGAGCCAUCAAAUGCAAUUUUUGUCAGGUUCCUAAGUUAUAUAAGUGAACACUUAGCGGAAGCUGCAGAUGUUGUUUUCCGUAGACUUCUUUUGCAUGCAAGGCAGCAAAAAGAAAUUGAUGAAGGCUACUUCACCGACCAGGAGUGUAAAACCUAUCCAAGCGAUGGUGCUGUGAAAUUCCAAAGUUCUCUCUUUGAUCGCCUGUGCCCAUUGCUUAUAAUCAGGCUGCUUCCACUGAGAGUUUUCAAUGAACUCAAUUCUUCUCUUAUGUAUGGUGAACUUCCCAGCCGAGACACUAUGCAUGGAUUGCUUACAUUUGAGUAUGAUGUGAAUUUUCCAAGUAAUCAGAAUAUCACAAUAAUAAUAUGUUUUGUGACUCUAGCUAGCAUUGAGUUCAAGCCUUUAAUUGGUUGGUAA